AUGCGCUACGUGGAUACAGACGACAUUGUUGAACGGGACAGUGGGCGGCACAUCAGCGACAUCUUCGCGGAAGACGGGGAACCUGCUUUUCGAGAGCUUGAGAGCGAAGCCGUUUGUAAGGUGUCGAAACUGCACAACCACGUUAUUGCUACCGGUGGCGGAGUUGUUCUCAAAGAAUCCAAUAUGACAGAACUCAAGCGAAAUGGCAUUGUCUUCUGCCUAACAGCAACGGCGGAGGAGAUCUAUCGACGCGUUGGACACCAGACACACCGACCGUUGCUCCAAGAUCCUGACCCACUCGCGAAGAUCCAGUCGAUGUUGGCGGAACGACAGCCCUACUAUGCAGAUGCCGAUCACAUGAUAAGAACGACGGGACGCUCGUUUGGUGAAAUCAUCACUCACAUCAAACGGGUAUUUACAAAAAGAAUCAGGAACCCGAAAUGA